AUGUCUAAUAGCGAACAACAGCAAGCAGCAAGUGCCGAAGCAUCGACUAUUCGUGUUAUAACAGAAACAAGGAACCUCAAAAUACGACCUUUUGCACCAGGAGAUGAUCAGAUUACUACGGGUAAAGCGUGGGACGAUUGGUUAGAAGAAAUCGAACGAGAGCUUCGUUAUUUCAAAAUAAGCGACCCGAUUGACAAGAAAGACGCCCUAAUUAUUUAUGGCGGUAAAGAAAUAGCUAGGCUUGAGAAAAGCUUACCUAAUCCGGCAGGGGAACUCGAUGAAUUCGACAAACUGAGGACAAAACUAAACGACUAUUUCACACCCAAGAAAAACAAACAUCACGCCAGAUAUUUAUUCCUUAAACUCCGACCAAAUCAGGGCGAAACAAUAGCGGCAUAUGCAAGUCGACUGAGAGAGAAGGCUAAUGAUUGUGAAUUCGAAGGGAACUCUGACGAACGAAUCUUAGAACACCUCAUUCAAACGACUCAUAAUCGGGUAUUGAUCCAAAAGGCUAUCAACAAGAAGUGGAAUUUGUCACAAUUUCUCAUGGAAGCGGCGCAAAUGGAGGAUACAUCGCUUCAAGUACGCGAUAUGAAAUUACCCGGACAUGAAGAGGUGAAGUUCGUGAACAACGAGAGACGACAUAAGAGGAGACGAACACCGUAUGUGGGAAAACCGUUGGGACGUCUAACACAGCCAUGUAACUACUGUGGACAAACAAAGACUCACAUCAGUGGAGAGAAUUGUCCGGCGUAUGGCAAGAAAUGCAAGAAGUGUCAAAAGUACAAUCACUUCGCGAUAGUUUGCAGAUCAAGUAAAUCGGAUACGCAAAAAGGCGAUCGGAGAAAAUCGAGUCACGAGCGUGAGAUCGACCAACAAGGUUCCCAAAAGCAAAAACGAUCAAUCAAGAAAAUGUCAGAAGACGCAACAGAUACUGCAACAAGUUCCGAUGACGAAUUUUUCGGUCAAGUGGUAAGACAUCUCAAGCAAGUUAAGAGAAUUCAAGGGAACAAUCAAAACAAGACCGUGACUAUACAUAUUAAUGAUGUUGAAGUCAGAGCCGAACCGGACAGUGGAGCUGAAGUUAAUUUGAUGGAUGAGCACCAAUUCAGGGCACUGGUGAACCGGUGUGGUAAAGACCAACCAACGCUACAACCCAGUCAGACAAAACUGAGUACGUUGCAAAGCAAGCUGGUUGUGAAAGGAGAAUUCAAGGCGACGGUUAAGAAUAGAACAUGUGGGACGGUGGCAAGAUUUGUCGUAGUCAAGGGCAGAAUAAAUUCACCUCCACUUAUCAGCAAGAAUACCUUAUUCAAACUUGGAAUGCUGCAGAUCAGGGAGGAUGGCUCGUUCGCGGAAAAGAACAACAUGAGAAUCGCAGAUCCAGCACAGGGAAUUAAAACAGUCAUGAUGAGUAAAGACUGCAGUCCACGAAUCAAGAAAAUCACAGAUCGGUAUAAUCAAGUGUUCAAAGGCAUUGGGAUGAUCAGAGACAUAAAGAAUGAUAAGAACUUUUAUACCAAAUUUAGUAUGAAGCCAGAAGCAGUUCCAGUUGCUCAAAAGCCGAGACCAGUUCCUUAUUAUCUACAGAAACCCUUGAAGAAAUGGCUGGAACAAUGUAUUAAAGAGGAUAUAUUUGAAGAAGUGCCAGAUGGUGAACCAGUGACAUGGUGUUCGCCACUCGUAGUGCAACCAAAGCCAAGGUUCAGUGGGACAGAUAAGGAUCAACUGGAGCCACAUAUGAUUCGAGCCAGCGUCGACCUAAGAGUACCCAACCAGUUCAUGGAGAGACAUCGCAUAAUUCAAGGGCCCACCGUUGAAGAUUUCAUUUACAAGUUCCACGACUGUUCAGUGUUCUCCAAACUGGAUAUGAGACAGGGCUACCACCAGUUGUUGUUGGAUCCUGAGUCAAGAAUGAUUGCAACCUUCAGCACCCCGUGGGGCAAUAUGAGAGCAAAGAGAUUGAUCUUCGGGGCGAAAUCAUCGCAGGACCUGUUUGAUGAAGCAAUGUACCGGAUAUUUGGGGACAUCCAGGGAUGUCUUAGCCAGCGGGAUGACAUCCUGAUCGGGGGAAGAAAUACUGAGGAGCAUGACAAAGCAUUGGAAACCGUUUUGCAGAGAGCGGCUGAUUUUGGAAUCACAUUCAACCUCGAGAAAUGCCAAUUUGGUGUCAAAGAAAUCGACUUUUAUGGACACCGAUUCACUCAAAACGGACUUAAACCAAGCCCUGAAAAGAUUAGAGCAGUGCAAGAAAGCAAAGCACCUGAGUCAAAAGAGGCUGUGCGAAGUUUUUUGGGUAUGACAAGCUAUUUGUCGAAGUUUAUCCCUCGAUAUUCAUCGAUUACUGCACCGCUGAGAGCAUUAAUACACAAAGACAUUAAAUUCCAUUGGGGAUCGAAGGAAGAAGAAGCAUUCAGAAAAGUUAAAGAGAGCAUCACCAGCGAAAGCACUGUGGCUUUCUUUAACCCAACUAGACCAAUAAUUGUGAGAGUCGAAGCCAGCUAUCACGAGGGACUAUCUGCGGGACUAUUUCAGGAAACCAAGAAGGGACUGCAGCCAGUUCAUUUUAUUAGUCGCACGAUGACGGAAGUAGAGAAACGGUAUAGUCAGACCGAGAAGGACGCCUUAGCAGUACACUGGGCCAAGAACAGAUUUAGUAUUUAUCUCCUCGGAGCACCAAGAUUCAAGAUCAUCACUGCACAUAAGCCAUUAAUUCCACUAUUUAACAAGGCUACCAUCAAGCUGCCCCCAAGAAUUGAGAAGUGGGUGAUGGGUAUGCAGGAUGUUGACUUCGAACUUGUAUACAAUCCAGGCAAGAAUGAAGCAGAUCCACUCGAUUUCCUUUCAAGACACCCACUACCAGAGACAAGUCGAGACACCAUAGAGGAAGUUGUGAAACAGGUUAUUACUGAAGAACAUGCUGUCGUUGUUGAUCAAAUUCUAGAAGAGACGCAGGAAGAUACCCAACUCCAGAAACUGUCAGAGAGAAUCUUAAGAGGAGACUGGGAGCAAUACAGGAAGGAUCCAGACAUCAGUCCUUUCUAUGGUAUACGGUACGAGCUGUACUCUGUCAAUGGCAUUAUUUUCCGGAUGGACCAGAUUGUUAUUCCUACACGAUUACAGAGGAAAGUUGUCAGAGCAGCACAUCACUUAGGACAUCUGGGCAUGACCAAAACUAAACAAAUGCUUCGCGAGAAGUAUUGGUUUCCGACUAUGAAUACAAUGGUGGAACAGAUCGUUGGGCAAUGUUUUGAAUGCCAAGUCACAACAAAGCAACACCAGCAAGAACCAGUAAAACCGACGGCGAUACCGAAGAAACCAUGGGAUGUAAUCGCUGUGGACUUUGGAGGACCGUAUCCCGAUGGCCAUUAUAACCUUUAG